AUGUCUAAACACGAGCUGGAAGGGGACUGCUACCUGCAACGGGACGGCCACUCAGCGCUAACGGAGGGCAGGACUCUUGCUGGCUUUGCGGGCCCCCGCUGUGGAGCUGAAUCCCUGGAGCUGGUGGAGCUAAAGGUUAUCUGGAACAAGAACAAGUACGACGUGAAGUUUUGCCUGGACAGCACGGGGGCCGAGCUGAAGCAGAAGAUCCACUCGCUCACAGGCCUUCCACCUGCUAUGCAGAAAGUAAUGUUCAAGGGACUUCUACCAGAGGAGAAAACGUUGCGGGAAAUCAAAGUAACAAACGGAGCAAAAAUAAUGGUUGUUGGUUCUACUAUCAAUGAUGUUUUAGCAGUAAAUACACCUAAAGAAGCUUCUCAACAGGAGGUCAAAGCUGAAGAAAACAAAAAGGAGCCACUUUGCAGACAAAAGCAACACAGAAAAGUAUUGGAUAAAGGAAAACCUGAUGAUGUGAUGCCUUCUGUUAAAGGUGUUCAGGAGCGCCUGCCAACAGUGCCGUUAUCUGGCAUGUACAACAAGUCAGGGGGGAAAGUAAGAUUGACCUUUAAACUUGAGCAAGACCAGCUAUGGAUUGGUACAAAAGAGAGAACAGAAAAGUUACCUAUGGGGUCCAUUAAAAAUGUGGUGAGUGAACCUAUUGAAGGACAUGAGGAUUAUCACAUGAUGGCAUUUCAGCUGGGCCCAACAGAAGCGUCUUACUACUGGGUCUAUUGGGUACCAACUCAAUAUGUUGAUGCAAUCAAAGACACGGUGCUGGGAAAGUGGCAGUAUUUUUGAAAGCACGCUCACCUCUGGCACAGGAAAAUGACACAAAGCUAAGGACACUGCUGGGAGAGGCCUCCAACAUCCCUGGAUGUGAUAGUCCUGGAACUUGUUAAUAAAAUAUGAUAAACGAGGCAUUGAUGGAAGCCAGAGGUGAUGUUCUUUCACCAUUAGUUUACUUUUAACUUAAAAAUUUCACCAUCCCUUUUCUGCAGUCAGCUUCAACCAUAUUUAAAGCAAAUGCAAUGGAAAUCAAUAAAUCUUAAUUCACAAAAUAUUGUGUGUAAUACACUUAAAUCUGCUGAGAGUUGAUCUUCCAAUUUAGUUUUAAAAAGAAAAUAUUACAAUGUAUUAUUGAGGAUUUUUUACAUGGUUUGAACAAAAACAAAUAUUUUCAUAAUCUUUCAGUUAUGAGCGUUAGACUUAAUUUAGUAACUUGGUUGUGACUGAGAAUUUCAGAAGCAGUUUUUUAAAAAUAAACUUUAAACAGUAUGCAAAAUUGAUGUUUAGUAAGCCAUAUUCUGCUGGCCCUUUUAUUUCAGGUUUAACUCUCUGGUAGCAAAACUAAUUUUGUUGGGUUUUUUAUUUUUAACCCAAAGACGCCCUGCUUUUUCUAUUUUUUCCUUUUUUUUUCCUCUUUUUGUUUGGUUUUCUUUUUCUCCCCAAUACUAGAAGCUCUGGGUGGGUUCUCUGUGUGGCGUGUUUGGAGCAGAUGAAUGCUGCUGUGGAUGGCCCAGUGCUCCUUACAGUCCCCCUUUGUGCCACGCCAGUCAUUCCCCUCCCGCCUGCAUACCUCUCUGCUCCUGGGCUGCCUCCUGCCCCGGGGGGGCGACAUUUUGCAGAGCAUUUUCUUGAUCGCCCGCGUUGCCGUCCGGAAUAAUUUUGCAGCUCUUGCAAUGACACUUACCUGUUUGACGCAAAAGAAAGCUCUGGUGUGCGCUGCGCAAUGCUGCCUGGCAUGAGCGGGGUGAAGCAGCGGCCCAGGUCUGGCAAAGGGAGUGAACCAAAGAGACCCCCCUGCCUCGUUUGGGGCUGGGGGGAGCAGGGAAGAGAGAAGCUUGGAUGCCGUUUCGGGUCCUAAAUAACUGCAGUAGUCUUUUGUGACCUGGAUUUCAAAAUGGAUAGUGAUCUUAUGCGGUGAACCUUACCAAAUUUAGAAUAUCUAUCCAGCAACUGAUCUUUUGAAAUUUAACCCCCCCUUUCAGCUUUUCUCUUGCUCAAGCUUACAGGAAGCUGUUGCAUCUCGUCCUGUCUGAAAUAAUGCUCCUCACCUUUGGUUUGUGACGUUCUGCGAGCCGUCUCAGCGAUUCACGUGCCAUUUAUCUCAGGUUUUCUGAACGGACCUCUCAGUCCUGAAAAGGUGCACGCCCUCAACAGAUUGUAUCGCGCGGUCAGACUGACUCGGUCUCGCUCUGUGCUAAACCUGCAUCUAGCAGGUCGCUGUUCUUGUGUUAAUGCUGUAGGCUUGGUGCUGCUCAGGGCGAGUAGCUCAAUGUUUUGUGAAACUCCUGGAGAAACAGCCUUGUAGGAAUAGCUGAUCUUAAUGUAUUCCGUGUCCAUUUUUUCACUCUCCUUGAAACAGCCCAGUUGAAGCUCAGCAGGUGCAAAUUCCCAAAUGAGUAUUUAUUUUAUUUUUUUUUUUUUAAUUUUAUUUGAGAGACUGGGAAAAGUGUUCACUUUAUGGUAUGUGUUAAGAUGACGUAUUUACCUGUAGACUCUUGACAGCAGUGUAAGCAGCUUCUGACUUGUAUUUUCAGUUAGAACAUUCAGGCAAUAUGAAUUUUGAAGGCGUUUCAUAUCCUAUGUAUAAACUAGUGAUGUGCUUGUUACUCUUGUAGCUUGAGAUACUUCCUUUCUGUAUACAAGCCACCAGCAGCGUGUCUUGACAUAAAAGUGCUGGGACAGGAGCUCCUCCUGCAGCAGUGCUGUGUCAGCUCCCUAGCGCAGCCCCAUCCCGAUGCUCAGAGCAAGCGAGUGCAGGCAGUGGAGUUGCCGUGAGUUAAUUGGAGACAAAACUGCAAGUGCAGCUAUCGCGCUUCUUAUUUUCUGAUCGCCAAUCCUGGUGUUAUGGCUUAAAUUUAAAAUGCAGUGCCUGGUGGAAGGCGUACACGCUACAGUAUAAAGAAAAUUGGUGACAUGGGCUUUUUCUGUCACUUGGAGUGACAGAGUGCACCUGUGCACUCCCUGUCUUGUUGGUCUGUGAUUAUCAGCUCCCGCUUGCUGCUUGGCUUGCCUGGACCUGCCUGUACGUCUGUUCAUAUUCCAUUUUCCUUUCCGACGCUUUCGUUUGCUUGCUCCUUGAGGGGACGUGUGUCUUGGCUCCAGAUCCUCCCCAGAGUUCCCAUGGCUCCUGUGCUCGAUGCAGCGAUCCGGGUGAGUACGCUCUGCUGCCGGUGCCGAGGGAGGGCAGAUGCCUGGUCUACUGCUGCCAAGGCAUGGAGGGCACCUUGAGCAUGGGGUAGGGGCACCGUUUGACAUCCCUGAUGCUCCUUUCCCAAGGGCACGAUUCCCCUGCGUCCCGUGCCAGAUGUAAUCGAUCAUCUCGCAAGAAACUGCGUAUAAAAAACAUUGGUUACAAAGGAGCUUUAAACAUGGAGAAGAAAUAAGCUAAGAGAAUGUGAUCCUAUUUAGGUUCUUCUUUCUAAGCUGAAUUUGAUUUGGAAGAUGAACUUCUUGCACUUUUUUUGUUCUAUGUGCAAAGUUUUAAUUAAAAUACAGGAAAGUGAUCCUUACAUAAAAUGUUUUAAUUGGUGUUUGUUGGCUUGAUACAGCAGGUUCCUUGGGAGUUCUUUGAAAUGAAUAUUCCAACUGAACUUAGCAGCACUGCUUUUAAGAUCCUUUCUCUUUCGGAAUGACAUGGAGCUUUGUAUCUUCGGUAUAUGCCAGGAGGGUUUUUUGUGGUUUUUGUUGUUGUUGUUGUUUUUUUUUUUUCCCAAGGCAAUUCUUGAUAUUAACUAAUGAUCACGAACGUUAAGAAAACCCCAUCUCUUUAGCUGGAUAGCAUCACAGCUUGCCCAAUGGGGGAGUGGUGUGCUGGCCUCUCGCUUGACUUUGGAUUUCUCUCUCUGGUAUCUGUGGUCGCCUCCAGGGCAGGGUCAGCAUGACAAAUGGCCCUGUGGAGGAAUUUGGCAAUUAGUCCUCAGUAAGACACCAGCGUUGUGAGUACAGUGUGAAUAUAGUCAGUCCUUUGAGUUGGCUGUUAAAGAUUGUUUUGAGAUCCGGUGUGUAAUCUGUAGGAAGUUUAUGGUAAUACCUGGUGAUUCUUGUGUACAAGUUUAUUUUGAUUACAUUACAAUUCAUCAACCUCCUUUCAACAGAGGCCAAUUCCCUACUGUAUAUAUGUGUAAUUCCCUGUGAACGUUUUGGGGUGUGAAGUUGUACUGAGUGCUUUGCAGGGUUUACUAACUGGGGACUAAAGCAUCCAUAAGGCAAACAUGGGUUUCCAGAGAGCAAAGCCGGUGUUGCCCACGCCCUCGCCACUGUCCUGCCGGGGAGGAGGCCUGCUGCCCCCCGAGCUCUCCGUUAUGCGGCCCGAUGGCCUGCUGCUUCCCCUCCUUGUCCCGAGCUGGGUAUUCCUUCCCUCCCUGUUGGUGCAUCCCAAGCAUAAACAGUUCCUGGGUUAGUGCUGCACUAGGACUGCAGGAGUGCAUCACUAAACCUUGCCUGGGUUGGAAUGGAGACUGUAUCUUGCGUGAAAACUCUUGGAUUACUCACGAGUUUUUCAUAUCAAGUUUAGUAUUAAAUCAUAAAUUUCCAUUAAUGACACUGAUGCUAAAUGUGUAGCCAAAAUAAGGACGUUAUGAUGAUGGAGGAGAGGAAGUGAUCUGAAUUCCAAGAACCAGCUCAGAAACAAUGCGCAAUAAGUCAUAACUGGUAACACACGCACACGACCUGCUCGAUUUUAGCCUUGACACAGUUCGCAUCCGUCGCUUCAUCCUUUAAGGGCCAAAGAAAAACAAUUCACUUGCAGUGAUGCUGCAAGGUGCCAUGUGGUGGUGGUGGUCUGUUCCACGCUCUCCCCUUCCCAACCGCGGUGUUCCUGUACAACCGCUGGCGAUGCCGCUGUGCGGGCACAGGCACAGCACGCACUCCCUGCGCCGGUUGCUCGUGUGCCCGCUCAGCGGAGCGAGGUUUGUUUCCAGACUUUCCUCCUCCUGUUUACUUUUUCUUCCUCUGUAACUUGAUUUUUUUUUUUUAUCCCCCCCGCCCCCGGAACUGUUUUCAUUUUACAUUUUGUACUCCAGCCUUUCGCCACCUGUUAGGAUUAGGUCAUCAGCAUCUUGCUUUGUUAGUUAGCAUCCUGGUCAGUGGGGGGUGGGAGGAGGGGGCCAGGAGAGCUGUAGCAAGUCCUGUAUGAAACGUACGGCCAUUGUACCUUCUAGCCAAGGAUUCGCUUUCUGUGGCUCAUGGAAGCUCACUGUGUCUUAUCCAUGUCCUCAGCGAUGCAUUCUUUGGGUUUUAUAUUAAAAAAAAAAGUCUUAAAUAUUUG